GUGUCUCACCCUGUGUAUCUGUCCUUGUGUGUUUCACCCUUUGUUCCUGUCUGAACUAGAAAAACCACUGACAUUUGAGCAGCUAGAUCUCUGAAAACAAGAUUGGAUAAUGAGAUGACUGUUGAGGCGUUGCUUGGGUGCUGACUGUUUGUGUGUGAAACGAAACCUAUGCACUCCGUCUGGAUUCUUCAGCAGAGAGAAUCAGAAUAUGACCAUACUCUGUCACUAGAAGACUACAAAAUCAUAAACUAUGGGAAGGAUUGAAGAAGAAAAAGCCGCUGUGAAUGUUCUCAUAGAAGACAAAGCUGGUCAUUUAAAAGGCACACAGAAAAUGCCUUGGCUUACAUCACCUUACACAGUGAGCCUCCUGUCCUGUAUCCUGAAUGUUAUCCUGGUGAUUGUGAUAAUCGUAUUGGCCGUCCGCCCUGUCAGGAAUACUGAUGAUGAACGGAUAACAGAUCAUGAACUCAUAACUAUUACAAAUGAAGCCAGGAACCAGAACCCCGUCCCAUGUGAAGAUGACUGGAUCUGGUACCGAGGAAAGUGCUACUACUUCUCUAAACAACGUGAUACAUGGAACAACAGCCAGAAAUUCUGUAUCUCACAUAAUGCAUCACUGGCGCUUAUAGAUAAUCAGGAGGAACUGAAUUUUUUGGUCUGGGGUAAAUGUUUAGACAAUUACUGGAUCGGUCUGAGACGUACAGAAGAUAAUAAAGCCUGGAUUUGGACAAAUGGAACAUUAUACAACGAAAGCCUAUUCACAGUCCAAAGAUCAUCACAAGAAAAUGUUGAAUGUGUUUUCUUAAAUCAUGAUGGUGUAAGAAGUAAGACAGGGGCUGCCGACUACAAAUGGAUAUGUACUGUAACAUGAUGGUUUUUUGCCUGGACACCACCGUACAGCAAAUUGAAAAAAGUUGUAAAAUCCAGCUUCCCAUAUAAAAGAUGAUCUUUAUUUACUUGCGGUAAAAUCCAGACAAACACUUGUACAGUCUACGCAUUUUGGACCUCUGUAAACCGGUCCUUCAUCAUGACAUAUAAAAGUGAAAAAAAAAACUUCCAUUUAAGCAUGUGUUGGACCACAACUAAUUAAGUUUUCCCAUCACAUGCUCACUAUGGGAGGGGAAACCACAAACACCUGAAAAAAGUCGUCCCGAGGGAUCUGGCUUAUUAAUGAAAACAUUUUAUUUAUAUUGUAAAACUAAGUCAUGUCAAUGUUUAUUUUUCAGACCGUUUUGAGGACAUUCCCUCAGAUAUGCAACAAAUUGAUCAUGAAAUGUCAUUUGUUAAUGCAGAUGUUAUGUCUCCUAAUGUCAUUCAGGAAUAGAGAUGUCCCGAACUAUUAGCCGGCGAACAGUUCCCGGCGAACAUAGCUUGUUCGCGUUCGCCGCUGUGGGGCGAACAUAUGCGAUGUUCGGUCCGCCCCCUAUACAUCAUCAUUGAGUAAA